AUGGCUCUUACAUCAUUCAGAGCUACAAGAACUGGUUCUUUCCUGAAGUUUGACGUCCCAUCAUGCGGACGCUCAAGGCCAUUGUUAUCUCAAUUCCCUCCCUGGCUAUGUUACGAUCUGCGCCCAAGCUCACCCAUUCGAUAUCGCUCGCGACGAACGAUCCAAUCAAAUCCAAGUAUUCGUAUAGCAGUACGUUUCUAUGUCACUGAAAAGCUACACCAAUCACCUUCUGAUCAACAAGCUUCAUAUCAUCGACUUCGACCCAUAAUAGAUACUUUUGAAGCGCCGAUAGAUUGGGCCGUCGCUUAUGGAAGUGGGGUCAUGAAGCAGGCCAAAGCUAAGCCUGGAGAUCCCCCAUCACUUACUGACCUUCUCAUCUCGACCCCCUCAGCUAUAGACUUUCAUACGAUCAAUCUUCGUCAAAAUCCCUCACAUUACCCUUUGCAUGCUCGUUUAAUGGGUGCAGGACGUAUAGCUCAUGUACAAGAGAAUUGGGGUGCCGGAGUAUGGUACGUUACAGAUGUAAAGCUUAAUGGUACUGCAGUAAAAUAUGGUAUAAUAUCAACAUCGUCACUUAUCACAGACCUAGUCGAAUGGGAAACAUUCUACUUAUCUGGUAGAUUACAAAAGCCAACACUUUCACUACAAUCUCCUUCUUCAUCUUCUACCUUGACUUCGGCCUUGGAAACGAACCAUAAAUCAGCUUUAUCAAUGGCACUCUUACUAUGUCCAGAAUCAUUCGAAGAGGAUUAUCUAUGGGAAAAAAUAGCUGGAUUGAGUUAUUCUGGUGAUCCAAGGAUGUCUGUUCCUGGAGCUGAAAAUCCUGAAAAAGUGCGAAAUAUAGUUAGAGGUGAAGGCGCCAGAGAAGGUUUUAGACACAUGUAUGGUCCUUUCUUAUUGCAAAAGGGAGUUACAUUCGAUCAAGGAAAAGAAUUGAUAUGGAAAGAGAAUGGCGAAACAUCAUUGAAUCAACCUAUCUCAGCAGAACAUCAAGCUGAACUAUUCAGUUCCUUACCGUUGUCUUUGCGUAAAGCUAUAUCAACCCAUUUCCCUUCGAUUGAAGCUACCGCCCUAACUGGGAAGGACGUUUGGAUCAAAGACGUUGGUGAUCCUAGAUUCAGAUCAAUUAUCUCAACCGAACUAAGAAAUAUCAUUCAUCGACCUGCGCUGAGGCAAUCGGUAAAAGGCUUGUUCACUGCUGGAUUUACCAAGAGUUUCUGGUACGCUCUGGCCAAAGUUAGGAAAUGGUUCAAGGGUAGAGGAGGUAAAUGA